GUCGGGUGAAACUAUCCGGAGCUUGCCGGCGAAAAAAUGAGCCACAUUGUUUUUACUGGAAACUCAAGCAGAUGGACGCACCGGACAGGGGGUUGGGAGCGGUACUGUCCCAGAUGGUAGAGGGGGAGGAGCACCCCAUGCUGAACAUUAGUCGCGAACUCUCACUGAGGGAGACUAAAUACAGCACAAUUGAGGAGUGUUUGGCCAUUGAGUGGGCAGUCCUCACUCUCCGGUACUAUCUGUUGAGGCGUGCUUUCACCCUCUGUUUGGACCACGCCCCGCUCCAGUGGCUCCUUUGCAUGAAGGAUACCAACGUGCGGAUCACCCGUUGGUAUGUAGCUCUCCAGCCUUUUAAGUUGGAGGUGGUCCACAGGCCGGGGCACAGAUGGCUGUUGUGGAUAUCCUCUCUAGAAAUGGGGGAGGUGUAAGUCACAGGCUGGAUAGCUCCCCGGCCUGAGUCGGGCGAUGGGGGUAUGUGGUGAUGGGGCUGUGGCCAAGCGACGUCUGUGGAGAGCGAGGCCGCGAGAGGAAGAAUGAACUCUCUAGAAACUGUCAAAAUGGAGAUGGCGUAUUUCAAGAACAACUUUUGGGGAGAAAAGAGUGCCGGCUUCGAUGUUCUCUACCACAACAUGAAGCAUGGACAGAUUGCCACCAAAGAGCUUGCUGAGUUUGUGCGUGAGAGGGUGGCCAUUGAGGAGACCUACUCGAAAUCCAUGAGUAAACUGGCCAAAAUUGCUAGCAAUGGAAGCCCUCUUGGCACAUUUGCCCCCAUGUGGGAAGUGUUUCGCGUGUCCUCUGAUAAACUGGCCCUCUGCCACCUGGAGCUCAUGAAGAAGAUGAAUGACCUCAUCCGUGACAUCAACAAGUACAGCGAGGAGCAGGUCAAAAUUCACCGUAAGACGAAGGAGGAGGUGAUUGGGACUCUGGAAGCAGUGCAAUCUCUUCAGGUGCAGAAUGCCCACCUACAGAAAUCCAGAGAAGGCUACCACAGCAAGUGUGUAGAGCUUGAGAGACUACGCAAAGAGGGAGCGCCUCAGAAAGAGCUGGAAAAGGCUGAGCUGAAAUCUAAGAAGGCGGCUGAGUCUUUUGCAGUGUCAAUAGAGAAGUUUAACCGUGCUGGAGGAGACUUUGAACAGAAGAUGAAUGAAUCGGCACAGAAAUUUCAGGAUAUUGAGGAGGCUCAUUUACGACAGAUGAAACUACUGAUCAAAGGAUAUUCCCACUCCAUUGAAGACACACACGUACAGGUUGGGCAGGUCCAUGAGGAAUUCAAGCAGAACGUGGAGAACACUGGCAUUGAGAACCUUAUUAAGAAGUUUACAGAGCAGAAGGGAACGGGGAAAGACCGACCAGGUCAAGUCGGGUUUGAGGAGUAUCUUUCCUCACUGGUACCUGAGAACAGUAAAAAGAGUCGUACCAAAGCCUUCAGGAUCCCCGGACUGGGAAAGAGAGACAAGGAACCUGACUCAACUGAUUCAGCUGUCGCAGAUGCUCUUAACUCAUCCCUCGAAGUGGAUGACGAGGGCUUUGUGAUACGUGCUGACAUCAACCAGAAUGGUUGUGCUGCUGAGGACAAAGAGGGCAAUUUUUACUCCAGUGACUCCGACUUUGAUGAUGAAGAACCCAAGAAAUUUCACAUUCAGAUCCGACCGGUCACCAGCAAUAACCGUAGCAGCUCAACAGCCAAUGAACUAGAGCUGAAGGCUACGGUGGGAGCGUUGACCUUGGCCACUAACAGAGUGGUGUCAGUAAAGAAGCAGCUCUCACGACACUCCAGUUCAGCAGGUCGAUCUGAAGGGGAAGGAGAAAGUGUUCACCAGAGAGAUGGAGAACAUGAGGGUCUGCGCAGAUCCACAUCUAGCCCAGAUCGCAACAGGUUGAGCUCCACAGCAUCCGGUUCUGAUGCUCUUUUUGGACCUCCUCUGGAGUCAGCCUUUAAAUCCCACAGCUUUGCUGGCAGAGAGCAGCUCCAGAACGCCUUCGCUGCAUCUGAAUAUGUAGCAUUCUCCUCUGAUUCAUCCUCUCCUGAGAAUGUGGAGGACUCUGGGCUGGAUUCCCCUUCCCAUCAGCCUUUUGGGGUGUCCCCAGAGCCCACUGGUUGGGCAGCCUGGCCACCUACUCAGUCACAGUCUAAAGACUCCGUGAACAAGGGCCGAUCCUCUGACCCCUUUCUAGCUGCUUACCGUGACCCCUCGCCCGGUCGGUCUCCUCUCCCGCAAGAUGACCCCACCAAUGCCUGGCCUUCCAAUUUACGCUCUCCACGCGCACCACCCGACAUCGAGCCCACCACCUUCAGCUUCCCGGCCUUCUCCCACAGCCUUGCAUCUUCAGAACUUGAACCCUCCGUGUGGAGCUGUAAACACAUCCCUCCAGAGGACCCCUUCCUGGCUGCCUUUGAACGAUCAGCCCCCAAGGACAACCUGCCUCCAUCUGAUGCCUGGGCCCCACCUCCCCCUCAGCCCAUCAGAGACAGCAGGAGUGUGGAGGGCCGCACUGACCGCUUUUCCGUCUCUUCAAAUGACACUAAGACCCUACCACCCCCCUCCUCUACACGCAAGGUCCGAGAGAGGAAAAGAGAUCAUAGUGUCCCACCUACAGAGACCCCUGACGAUCCGUUUGCUAUUACUAUGAUUGGCAGUCCGACGCAUCAAUCAUCUCUGGCAGCGCAGGCAGUUGCUCAAAACAGAGGCAUUGGGAAUAGGCCAACACCCAGUCCUAACCUCGCCCCCAGUUCUCAGCUGAAAAAAGAGCUGGUGCACUGGAACUCUGUGCAUAACCCCUUUAGUGAGGGUGUUCAGAGCAAUAGCACCAACACUCAAGAGUCAACCAGAAAGCAGAGAUCUUUUAACAGUGAGCCUCGCAGGAAUGGACCACCACUCACACGGCAUUCAGGGCCACAGGAGGACCUCUGCUUCUCUACGGACAAAGACCAGAACUGCCUGGAUAUUAACACACAACCAGUCUCCCAGCAUGGUUUUAGGCAGGACAGCACUGAGCGUCUGGCAUUGGCUCCCCCUCGCUCAGUUCGGUCCAAGCGUUCCUCAGGCAGACUCAGUGGCUGUGAGCGGUCUAGGUCACUGUGCUCGUCUCCACUGCCUGACCCUAGCCCUUCCCUCACCUCUUCAUCCUCCUCCAGCCCCAGUGAUUGGGGGGUGCAGAACCGCGUUCCCAGCCCAGCCCGAGGUUUGUCUCGAGGACCCAGUCCCAUUUCUCUGAGCACUCAGGAGUCCUGGCCUGUGGCUGCAGCCAUUACAGAGUACAUUAACGCUUACUUCAGAGGAGGAGAACACAACCGCUGUCUAGUUAAGAUCACCGGUGACCUCACCAUGUCAUUUCCUGCUGGCAUCACCCGCAUUUUCACCGCCAACCCUAACACACCAGUACUAAGCUUCCGAUUGGUCAACAUCUCUCGAGUGGACCACUUCUUACCCAAUCAAAAGCUACUUUACAGUGAUCCGUCUCAGAGUGACCCAGACUCAAAAGAUUUCUGGUUCAACAUGCAGGCCUUAACACUUCACCUGCAGAGAGAGGCGGAGCUCAACCCACAGGCCUCCUAUUACAAUGUGGCACUUCUUAAAUACCAGGCGUCGUCUCAGGAUCCAGGUCGUGCUCCGCUCCUGCUUUCUGCUGAGUGCCAGCGCAGUGGCACGGUGACUCGUGUGUCUCUGGAUUACCACUGCUGCCCAGCAACUGCCCCGGCCACUCAGCUGACCUCCAUACAGGUGCUGCUGCCCCUCGAUCACACUGCCACAGACCUGCAAUGCCAGCCGCCCGCAUCCUGGAACUCUGAGGAAAGACAACUACUGUGGAAACUGCCCAACCUCUCCCCAACCAGUCAUAGCAAAGGGUCUGGCACACUGUGCGCCAGUUGGCAGUGCCUGGAGGUGCCCCGCGGUCCUCCCCCAAGUCUGGCCGUGCAGUUUGUGGGUUUGGGAGCUUCUCUCUCAGGCAUGGACGUGGAGCUGGUGGGAAGCCGGUACCGCAUGUCACUGGUGAAGAAGAGGUUUGCCACAGGAAAGUAUAUGGCCGGUUGUUGUUUGUGAGAGAGGUGAUGGUGCCUGGUCUGGUACCACAGAGGCACAACAUUUGCACUUUUUUACCUCCCUGGGCUGGUGGAGCCGACUACGUGCUGCAGGCCAGAAGAAGAGCAUUCACAUGGUACAUAGAGUGUGACAUAAAUGGGAAAUAGCUAAUACCCAUGAUGCAUUGCUCUAGGAAAAAUAUGCACUGGAAACAGGGACAACAUCCAGCCUGAGAUCUGGCCUGUCAUGGUCUAUGAAUGCUGAACUGCUGAUAAACCUGAGAAGAACCUCUUCUCUGUUAUCUGUAUAGAAUUGUUUGUUCUAUGCGCAAACCAUACCUUUAACAAUUACAAGUUUGAAAAACUGGAUGUAAUUUUUUUUUUUUCAUCUUUUGUGAAAAUGUGUGAAUGAUUAAGUAUAAACAUGUAUAAUGGAUAUGAAAAUUCUGAAAUUAUAUUGACAGAAAAUGGUCAUGUUCAUGUUGCAUAUUCAAUAAUUUAAUAUGUAAAGCUUGUUUGAGUCUACUUGUGUGAAUUGUGUAUACAGUUCUUUCUUCCCAUAAGAAAUCAUGUGAAGGACAUGAAUUAUCACGAUUAAAUUAUCACUAGUUAAAAUGCCAAUUCUUGAUAUCAAGAAUGGAAUUACUACUAGUGAAAGUGAUAUUUUUUUUAUAUCAGUUAUUUCAUUUGCACUAGUAGAAGCAUAUAUUUAUUUAUUUUUUUGUUACAAAAAAAAUGACAUCAUUACUCACAUUCUUGAAUUUCAACUAGUAAAAAACUGAAUUCUUCAUAUAUGUAAUUGCAUUUCACUAGAAUUUCACAAUGAUCCGUAAAUCACUCUAGUUCAAGACGGAAAAAACAUAUGUGAUUCAUUUCUUAGUAGCUGAAAUUCCAAUUUAACAUAUCAAAAAUAAGCAUUUUUAUUAAGUGCAUUGCUGAUAUCAAUAAAGAAAAAUUACAUUGCUAUUAGUGCAAAUGUCCAUUCUUAAAAACAACAUAAUUGCAACUAGUACAAAUGCUUGUUUUUGUUAUCUGUAAUUUGGUUUUCACUAGUGUCAAUGUUCAUUUUUAGAUAUCUGUAAUGUGAGUGUAACCAUCAGGAAAGCCUUUUUAGAUUAAUUUAUUGAUAUCUGAAAUCUAUUUACAAAUAUAAAAAAUUAGCAUUUCCAAUAGUUGCAAUUCAAUUGCUGAUAUAAGGAAUGGAUAUCUGUAAUAAUUUGAUUAUUGAUAUAAAAAAUGAUUAUUUUAACUAGUAAAUACAUUGUUGACAGUGAUUUUGGAAUUUUAACUAGUAAGAAAUUAAUAAUAGAUAUCAGUUUAUGUCACUACCGCAAAUCCUUUUAACGCACCGGCCUCAUUAAAAUCAAUGCCUUUGCAGCCUUCUCCAACGCACUGUAAACUCUAGUGUGUAAGCAUGGCUGAGUAAUAAUGGAUUACAUGUAAUCUGGAUUACAUAAUCAGAUUAUGACAAUCAAGUACUUGUAAUUGGAUUAAAUUACAUUUUAAAACACUUGUAAUCAGACUACAGUUAAUUAUGGAUUACAUGUUAAUUAGGCAACAGCAGUAAAUUAUUCAAAAUGUAUUGAUCACUGUAAUUUUCACUAAAUCAGCCUACCUACAUAUGCGUUCUGUAACUCUGAGUGCUUUUGGAAGAGAGGGGGAGGGUUGUGAAAUUGCACCCAGACCUGAUAGCUUACCAUAGUUGCCAAAUCCACUUAUUGUAAGUAACUUUUGGCUGUUUUUCUUUCUUUUUUUUUUUUUCUUUUUUUUUUAUAAAGUCACUUACAAGUAUGGGCAGUCAUGGGUUAUAAUUUUUUUUGGGCUUAUUUUCAAUUUUCAGCCUGCGUUUUUUGGGCUUGCUGGGGGUUUAUUAACACUUAGCACAAUAUGACCCACCACUAGUAGUGGCUGUCAAAUAUCUCCACCUACUGUUCAAGUCGCUCUCUACAUCAGGCGUAUCAAUCAUACGGAGAGUGGAAGAGUCCAAACCUCCACAGGCAGCACUCGCAGUCUCGCAUAUUUGCACGCUUCUAAAAAAAACAUCUAACCAUUAAUUAAGCAAGUUAUUGAUUUUAUGAUCAUUUCUUUUCCAUUCAUUUCAUGUUGAUUUUAUGUUCACUAACAUCCAUAAUGUUGCAAUUCAUUUUAUGCAUUUAAAAUUAACAUGAUGUCUCAGUGCAGUGUUUAAUGCACUUUUAAACAGUGUCAUGAGCUGUUUUUGUGAGGCUCAUUUUGAUAGCCAUAAAGUAUGGAAUAUAUUUUCCUUCCUCUUUGUAUUUUUAUGUUAAAAUUGUACAAGAUUAUCCUACUCAAAUGUGGCAUCAAAUAAAAGAGUUAGGUAGGAAGUAA